UGCGAUGAGGUUCAAACUGCUCGCCUUGCUCUUGAUUGCCAUAGUCAAUGGAGCCAUCUCUAUUACAGACGGUCCCUUCAGCGAAAAGGUCUCGAAGAUCAGUGAUAUGAUUAAAGGCAAGCAAAAUGAUGUUCUCAGCACACUGGACGUACACGCCGGAAAAAUUGCUUCACUGCUCCAGGAACUACCAGAGAUCAAAUAUGAUCAAGUCAACCCUAUGGGUGACUCCCUUAACGAAGUAAACGAAAGGAGCAAUGUCGAAGACCGGCUUUUCCAGAGCGACAUUCUCCUUACAGAGAAACAAGCCAAAACCAUCAUCAGUGAUAUUGACGAACAAGUGAGAGGUAGUAACCGUACAAAGCGCCAAGCUAUUGCAGAUAGGGAUGGCGUGAAAUUGUGGAAAACCGGAGUGAACUAUUAUUUCAGUCCUUCUCUGAGUAAGGCCAAAAGCCUCGAAUUACUAGAAGAAAGCUUCGAGGCUGGGAUGAAAGAAGUUCAUAUUACAGAUUCGAAGGCAAAAAGAGCUUUUUUGAUGGGAGCAGAUAUGUGGCAGAAAUACUCAUGUGUUAACUUCAAACAUAAUCCCUACGGUAAGUAUCAGCAACCUAAUUUAUUUGUUUCAAAAAGAUUUUUUCAUAGGUCAUUUAUGCGUAUGUAUUCCUUAACUAUAGAUGAAUAG